UAGUCCCAGUGUGGAGUUUGUAUCAUGGCCGCCUGACUGAGAAGUUUUGCACAUAAGCUCUCUGUCUCUCUCUCGUCUUUUCCUCCUUUUAGGUGAAGCUUUUUAAAUCUUCUCUCGAGUUUGAAUUAACUUCUCUGCUACAGGAAUUAUCAUUCAUGUCAAAGCUCAAAUAUGCAGCCCCCGCCGAGGAAGGUCAAAGUGACUCAAGAGCUGAAGAACACUCACGCUGAACAGAUGACCAAACUCCACAUUAAGCAUCAGACAGAGUGUGACCUACUGGAAGACUUGAGGACAUACAGUCUGAAGAAGUCGGCCAUAGAGAAAGACUAUGCACAGGCUCUGCAGAAGUUGGCUAGUCAUUACUUAAAGAAAGAUUGGCCAGGCAUGCAAGCAGAAAACCACACCCACUCCAGGAAUGUAUAUGCCGUGUGGAGGUCUUACCUAGAGGGCACCGUGCAAGUGACCCAGUCUCGACUGAACAACUAUGAAAACUACAAAAACAAGAUUUCAGAUCCUGCAAAGAGCGCCAGGCUCUGCAAGGAGCAGCAGCUGAGGAAGUGCAUUGACCAGCUGACCUGUGUCCAGAUGGAGCUGCAGGACACAGUCAAAGAUCUGACCAAGUCCAGAAAAAAAUACCUGGAGGCUGAGCAGCUGGCCCAGGCCGUGAGGGAGAAGGCCGACAUUGAGGCCAAGUCCAAACCCAGUCUUUUUCAAUCACGAAUCAGCUUACAGAAAGCCAGCGUGAAGUUGAAAGCAAAGAGGAAUGAUUGCAACUCAAAAGCCACGCAUGCCAGAAAUGACUACCUUCUCACACUGGCAGCAGCCAACGCACACCAUGACCGCUACUAUCAGGCCGAUCUGAUCAACUGCAUCAAGGUCCUUGAUGGCAGCAUCUAUGAUCACUUUAAAGAUUAUUUGAUUUCAUUCUGCCGGACAGAACUUGAAAUGGUCCAAGCGGUUCAAAGCACGUUCCAGUCCCUCCUGGAGAAGUCUAACAGGGUCACACAGGACUUCAACCAGCAGGUCUUUAUGCAGGAAAAUCAGGUCUUCUGCAAACCCCCAGCCUUCCAGUUUCAGCCCAGUGACAGUGACACGAGCCGGAAGCUGCAGACGGAGACGGGGACCACAGAGGAGCACAGCCUGAAUAAGGAGGCCCGGAAGUGGGCCACGCGUGUGGCGCGGGAGCACAAGAACAUCAUCCACAGCCGGAGGACUCUGGAGGAGUGUGAGACGCAGGUGUCAGAACAGAGUCGUGGUGACCUGGAGCAGAGGGUGGAGGAGGCCAGGGAGAACAUUCGAAAGGCUGAGACUGUGAAGCUGAAGGCGGAGGCACGACUCGAUCUGUUGCGUCAAGAGGGCGUGUCAGUGGACACCUGGCUGAAGAGCGCCAUGAACCAGGUGAUGGAGGAGCUGGAGAAUGAGCGCUGGGCCUCCCUUCCAACCCUGACUACCCAUGAUCCUUCACUUUCUACCAUCUCUGACUAUGAGAGGGAGGAAGGCGAAGAGUUGGAGGACAACAUGGAGGCAUUCGAUGACAGCAGCUCCAGCCCCUCAGGCACUCUGGGGCGCAACUACCCCCUGACCUGCAGGGUGCUCUAUUCAUACAAGGCAUCCCAGUCAGAUGAGCUGACCAUCGAGGAGCAUGAGGUGCUAGACGUCAUUGAAGAUGGAGACAUGGAGGACUGGGUGAAGGCGAGGAACCAGGCAGGUCUCGUGGGCUACGUGCCAGAGAAGUACCUGCAGUUUCCCACGUCCAGUAGCCUCCUGAACAUGCUGCAAACCCUGGCCGCCCUGGACGCUCGAUCCCACACCUCCAGCAACUCCACCGAGCCUGAGCUGGCCUCGGGCAGCGUGAAUGGAGAUGCCAACAUAAGCUUUGUGAAGGCCUUGUACACCUACGAGGGCCAGACGAACGACGAGCUGUCCUUCCCUGAGGGAGCCAUCAUUCACGUGCUCAACAAAGACAACCAGGAGGACGACGGCUUCUGGGAGGGCGAGUUCAACGGGCGCGUGGGCGUCUUCCCCUCCGUGCUGGUGGAAGACCUGGUUGGGUCUGAGAAAGGAGACGAAAAGUGGGCUUCUGAAGCGGAGGUCUCGCCCUCACAGUGCCCACCGUCCCUCCUGCCCCCACCUCCACUGAACUCCCAGCCAGCCUGCAGCCCUCACAGCAGCCCGGACAGGAGCCCCAGGCCUCAGUGCAGUCCUCACACCACCCUGGACCGGACCCCCACAGCAUUCCCCACUGGUUCACCUUCUGUCAAUGGGGAGCACAUGACACCCCCAAGGCCAGCAAAAGGUCCCACCCACAAUCACAACAGCAGCCUGUCCCGGCUUCCCAGCUUCACCGCAGAUGGGAAACUCCGCCCAGUUCGUGCAGCACCCCCUCCCCCUAAACAGCAGCCUCGCAGGCAGGCAGAGAAGACUGAGGAGGUGGAGAUCACUCUGGUCUAAGAUGGCGGCCCUGGCGGUGCGCUGGCUAAACUGGUCCUGGCUCCUGGCCCUUUCCCAUGCGGGUUGACGGGAGCCUCAGAAGCACCUCCCUCCUGACUCCACAAUGAGGCCAGAAGAGGACGGGCAGAAUCUGGCUUGGAGUCACAAGUUUUUGGUGCCAUUCUUGCACAGCUCUCUCCUUAGAAGGGCAUUUGAAGCAUAGAAAUUCAACCCAGUGGAAGUGGAAGGAGGCUGAUAGAGUUGGGGAGAUUCCAGGCUUAGCAACAUGUAGUCGUGUCAUUCAUACUUAACGUGCAGUAGUACAGUAUAUUACUGUUUUCAUAGGAAUGUUCCAAAUAAAUAUUGGCACAAGACGUUUCAUAGUGGGUGUCAUGCAAAGUAAGUACUUUAUUUGAUACAUUACAGGCAGUGUGGACUUCUGUAGGUAAAAGGGAAUCGUACAGGCUAGCAUGAAUGGAGAGGAGGCUGGUUCCUCAUUGCAGGGUUUGCGCCAACCAGUAGUCUCAUAAGGGAAAAGUGGCAAUUUGAAAAUGAUAACUAUUACACAUAUAACUCUUUAUCAUUUGUUAGGACAAUGAUCUGUGUUACUACUAAUAUUUAAGCCCUCAAGAGAAAGAAAGAGGAGAUGUUUUUUGAGACUGGGCUGUAUGUGCAGUGUUCUCAUUUUAUUGGUUCAUGUAUGUCAGUAAUUUGAAUCUACUUUGUGUUAUUUUACAUUGAUCUCUUAUGUUUUAUGUGUAAACCUUUUUGAGGUUAAACUUUUUUAAGUACCCAGGCCUUUUGAACACGAUUGUUCAUAUGUAGUGUUUUUCAUGUGUUUCACAGCAUACAGUUGAGCAGCAGGUGUGAUCCUGAUUGAAAGGAUGCUGGACUAAUGUUCUCAUUACCUCCAGCUAAUGGCUGGCAACCAGACCAAUCCUUUGGGGGAGAACCAGUCAGUACACUAUGAAAAAUGCUCCAUUUACAGGAACCAUUCAGCAGAGUGUAUUGCAGUUCACAAUAAAGCAAUUCAACUUUUUAGCUUGGGACAUUGACAUUGAAAAACGUAUAUCCUGAUUGAAUGGUGAAUUGAAUUAAAUUCACUGAAUACAACUAACAUUUUUUCAGCACUUUUUUUAUUGUACUGUUAAAUGACCACCACAGCAUUGCUCUCUUGUUUGGCUGUUCCCUGUGGAUGCUUUUUCACAUGAUUCAUUGAAAUUGUGUGAUUUUGUUGUGUAUUCUGAAGAUGAACAACUUUCUGUGAUUGAGCAAGCCAGUUCUCAUCAUUUAUCCACCCUUGAAAAUAAAUAUAGACGAGGAUUUGGCUUCUACUAAAAGAGGGGUUGUACUUUUUGCAUACUCCUGUCGAAGUAGUUGGCCACUCAUGGUGGGGGGGAAGAGAAUUUCUAUAUGGUUUUGAGGAAUGUGGAUUAACACAAAUGAGACAUUUGUUGAUUUUGAAGGUAGUUCAUCAAAGGGAAAGAAACAUGAAUAUCUAUCUUGUUUUCUGUCUCUUGCUGAUCUCAUUGAGAUCUCUUAAAUUUUAUCAAACUUGUUUUUGAAGUUUACAGUUAAGAAAGCAUCCAUCAUUUCAGGCGCUUUUCUUGCCAGUAGCCCACUCGAUUCAUAUUGUCUAUGACCCAUUUAAAGUUCAUGCUCCCUUGAAACACAAUGCAUGCGUGUAUCUUUUAUGCUGUGUUUUAAUAUGAUCUUAAUGUGAUGCAGCGCUGCUAUAGACCCAGAACAACAGCCGGCC